ACCAGAGGAAGGGUCUCUAGUAGGAGCGCCGCGGUUGCUAAAGUGAGAACUUGCGCUCUCGUCAUGUAGGAUCGGGGUUAUGCGGACUUGAACGAUGCCCUGGGAAAGAAAUAGUGACAGCCCAGACGUAUGUAGUGUCUGCUGAAGAUGCGAUGCGUUACUCAAGAUUCGGAGCUAGCCAGAUGUCGCGGACAGACGAUAGGAGCCGGGUCAGAGGUUCAAGAAGCAGCGAGGCGGCAGUACAAAGAGCUAUAGGUUGCGCCACGAUGGGCGGGCAAAGCAUUUUAAGAAUGCCUGCCUACCGGAUGUAUCGGAGACGAAUGGCGGACUGGCAGCAUCACACGAGGGUUUUGUCAUCUCUGCAGCAUGGCCGCCUCGCUCCGCGAGUUCCCUUCGAGGUUCCUGUGACGCCUGCGACUGCCUGUCAGCGCGCGAGGGUGGGUCCCGCCUGCCGGGCUGCACAGGCGCGCUUGGCGUCAUUCCCUGCGCCCUUGCUCUUGCCUUACUCCUCCGGCACACUAUUCCGCCACACUUGCACCGGGACAGGCCGCAGAGCCCGCGAUACACUUCAGCCCUGCAGAUUUAAGCUCGUCAAACCUCUGCGCGGUCAGUUUCUUUCUUUGACAACACCAUGUGUUGGCGACGAGCAGGCGGGCGGAGGGGGCUGCAGGUGCCAUGCAUCGGCAUCGGCCUGGCACGUCUCCGAGCGGCAGCGAGCUUCCUUACCUGACGCUCGACACCACACAACAUUCGGCGCUAGUGCUGAGAUGAAGAACUCGGCGACUUUUCCAUCGAAGAUCUCGCCUGUAAAUUCGGGAAAUUCGGUAGCCUACGAGCAGCAUCGACAGACGACCUCGCAGAAUCUGCGCCCUUGUCUCCGCGCUUUCUCCUUGUUCGCCCGAGCCUCCCCUGCAGUCCUCUGCAUCCAUCGACUCAUCGCGAUCGACGUCACGGCUCUGCGAAUGGCGACAGUCUUAAGCUUUGUAGCGCCUUGGCAAAUGUGCACCUCCCGCUAUCCGCCCACUUCCGGCUGGGACAUCACGGCACCACCAUUGUACACCAUAAGAUAAUUGUGCUAGCCAAGUCCCCAGAAAAGUGGAAUGUCGAACAGUCUGGCCAUCAAGAAAGGGUCGCAGCUGACGCAGGUUUCAACCAUGUUCGUGCGCUUGACGUUUGGACACGUCUCGGCGAUC